AUGAAUAGGAGCCGUCUGUGUUGCAGUGAGCUCGGCGCCACUCGCCCAUGCCCAGGUUUCUCUGUGGCUAUUCUUUCUGUGCUCUUCCUCUCCCAUCCAAAUGAGAAAGCCUCACCAAAUAUCAUUCUUGUCACCUCCCCAUAUAUAUCCACCACAGAAAAAGUUUGGCCUGAAUUGGAGCUUAAUUGGAGAAUAGCGUUAGCCACGGUGAUAGGAUUUCUAGGAUCAGCAUGUGGUACGGUUGGUGGAGUUGGAGGGGGUGGCAUUUUCGUUCCCAUGCUUACUUUGAUUGUUGGAUUUGAUACCAAGUCUGCUGCUGCUAUUUCUAAAUGUAUGAUCAUGGGAGCAUCAGCAUCAUCUGUAUGGUACAAUCUAAGGGUGCCCCAUCCAACAAAGGAAGUGCCUAUCCUAGACUAUGACUUGGCUCUUCUCUUCCAGCCCAUGCUUUUGCUUGGCAUCACCGUUGGUGUUGCCUUGAGCGUUGUUUUCCCUUACUGGCUAAUUACUGUCCUCAUUAUCAUACUCUUCGUAGGGACCUCUUCCAGAUCUUUCUUCAGGGGAAUUGAAAUGUGGAAGGAAGAGUCAAUUUUGAAGAAAGAAUUGGCCAGGCAACAAGAAACUAUAGUUAACUCCCGUGGCGAACUUCUGAUUGAUACAGAGCAUGAGCCACUGGUUCCUAAGGAAGAGAAAUCCAAAAUGCAAAUACUCUGCUUCAACCUGAAGUGGAAAAGGCUUUUGGUGCUGCUACUUGUUUGGACUUCUUUCCUUCUUCUUCAAGUUAUCAAGAAUGAUGUAGCUGUUUGCAGUACAUGGUACUGGAUCCUCUUCUGCCUGCAGUUUCCUAUAGCACUUGUGGUAUUUGGAUACGAGGCAGUCAAAUUAUACAAAGAACACAAGAAGAGGAUUAGCACAGGAAACACAGAAACAAUCUGUGAGGCUUCUAUUGAAUGGACUCCAAUGCACAUCUUAUUCUGUGCACUCUGUGGCAUCUUAGGAGGCACCGUCGGGGGCCUCCUUGGAUCCGGUGGUGGAUUCAUUCUGGGACCUCUUCUCCUCGAGAUCGGUGUCAUCCCCCAUGUUGCCAGUGCAACAGCAACAUUCGUUAUGAUGUUCUCGUCAUCCUUGUCUGUGGUGGAGUUUUAUCUGCUUAAGAGGUUUCCUAUACCUUACGCUUUGUAUCUCAUGGGAGUGUCUGUUUUGGCUGGCUUCUGGGGGCAGUUUUUAGUAAGAAAGCUCGUUACAAUUCUAAGAAGAGCUUCCCUCAUUGUAUUCAUCCUGUCUGGUGUCAUAUUUGCUAGUGCUCUCACAAUGGGAGCUGUUGGUAUUGAGAAGAGUAUGACAAUGAUACGCAAUCAUGAGUUUAUGGGAUUCUUGGAGUUUUGCAGAAAUCAGUGA